AUGGAUAUAACUGGAGGCACUGGCUACAUUGGCGGCAGCGUACUCGACACUCUGGUUAAGAGACAUCCGGAAUAUGAGAUUAGUGCGUUGCUGCGUACUGUGCCGGAAGACUUUGAAACUCUCUGCCCUCAAGUGAAAGUCAUCAAAGGGACCUAUGAUGAUCACGACAUCCUUCACAAAGCCGCCGGUGAAGCCGAUGUGGUCGUGCAUACGGGCAACUCGGACCAUAUACCCAGUAUGAAAUCCCUGAUUGCUGGACUGGCCGCCACAUCGCAGCCAAGCGCUCCCAAAUAUCUCAUUCAUCUUAGUGGCACCGGCAUUGUCGCGGACUUCCUCGAUCCAACCUAUCUCGGUCGGGAGAAUCCGAAAACAUGGUCUGACAUUUCCGACCUGGAGGCCAUAACAUCUUUGCCCGAGACGGCAAUGCACCGGCCUGUAGACAAGCUCAUUCAGGACGCCUCUCGAGCAUAUGGCGAUCGGCUCAAGACUGCCAUUGUCUGCCCUGCUGAUAUAUAUGGAGAGGGGAAAGGGCCUGGACGCAAGGCUUCGGUCUACUUCCCGAACUUUGUCCAGCAGGUCAAGAACCUGGGUGUUGCACCCUUUUAUGCUGAGAAUGGCGGCAAUGCUCAUGGCUGGGUGCAUCUGGAUGACCUGAUGGAGUUGUAUGUGAAGCUCGUGGAAGCAGCAGUGUCCAGUGGUCGAACGGCAGACUGGGGCGUUGAGGGCUACUACUUUGUGACCGCGGCCGUCCACACACAACUCGAGAUCGCCACCAGCACUGCCAAAGUCCUACAUAAGCAUAAUCUCAUCGCUGGCUCGGAGCCACAGCAAGUCCCUCUUGGGACGAUCAAGACGACCUUGGCUGCGCCAGGACGCCCACAUAGAGGAACAUAUUUCUUCGCGUCCAAUGCUCGAACGCGCGCAGAGCGUGCGACGAAGGCUCUUGGGUGGAAGUCUCAAGCUCCAGAUCUCAUGGAUGUAUUGGAGGAAGAAGUUCUCACUGCAUGGAAGAACAUGCAAUGA